UUUCCACCAAAUUUUGCGAUAAUCAUUUUGGGGUGAAUUGACACAUAAAUAUGGACAAAAAGGAAUAAAAAAAAUUCCGGAAACUUCUCAAGCAACCGUGCCACUACCAGAAUUCGAAACAGGGCCCAGACUCGACGCACGCCAAUGGCUGCGAUGCCGAGGUCAAGCGCCCGAGCAGCUACCGCGCCAACAUGGGCUCCGCCGCAGUGGGCCCCGAUGGCAGGCUGAGCUGGGCCAUAGCCAUCACGUGCUUCGUGAUCAACUUCAUAUGUUCCUGCUUUUACCGUUGCACCGGGAUGUUCUUCAACUCCAUCAUGGACACCUUCGGGGCGAGCCGUGGCGACGCGUCCGUUCCAGUUUCCCUCUACGGGGGUUUCUACAACGUGGCCGGCCUUGUGGCUGGAGCACUAAUUGAAACCUUCGGAGUACGCUGUACCAUCGUCCUUGGGGGCAUUAUGAUGUCCAUCGGAUUCAGCGUGUCAGUCUUUGCUACUUCAACGCUGUUCAUCGUGUUUACAGUGGGAGUGGUAACAGGAGCCGGUCACGGCAUAGUCGCCAGCUGCACCAUCGUGGCCGUGACCCGCUACUUCGACAAGCGCCGCGGCAUCGCACUGGGCCUAAACCUGGCCGGGCCCCCAGUGACGUCGCUGGUGGUUACAAAGCUGCUUGAGUGGUUGCUGAGCGAGUACGGACUGCGCGGCACCUUUCCUUUUGCUGGGCGGCUGCCUGGCCAACGUGUCGGUUCUGGGAAUGCUGCUACGCAACCCUCCAUGGGAGAAGAACAUCCGGGACGCUCCGGCUGCACUGGAUGAAGACUCUUUCACU